UAGGUUAGUGAUUACAGACAAACUGCAUCUCGUUAAGUAAGCUGUAAAAAUGGUACUAUGUAAAUGCAAGUAAUUUUACCAUUAUUUUAACAGCAAUCGGUAGUUGCUGUCAUUCCUGAUUUAUCAGAGUAACUCGAAGUAUGCCGUCAACUCAAGAUGCUGAAAUGAACUGCUUUUUUAUUUCUUAACAGCUCAUUACUUUUGGUUGAACAAUUUUACCUAAACGCAUCAUCAGUCAGUUCAGGUUGGGCACCAAUAAGGUGCUGCACGUGGGCGAGGUGCCCCUUUUCCUCUCCAGCCUGAGCCCUUACAAAGUCUAUGCACGCCAACGACCUCGCUCAGAAAUCCGCUAUGGCAACAGGAGGAAAAACGUCAAGAAAAAAAGGAAAAGAUUUGACAACAUGGCGCACUUUCCUGGGAAAAGUUUCUCCUGAAGGCAACACUGCUCAGUCUUCGUGGAUUUUCCUCGGAGUUUAGCGACUAAAACGUGGACCUUUUUUUUGCUAACUUUUGAUAAGCACCUUAAACCAAAUAAAAAGACAAGAAGGAGUGUGAUGGGAUGAGAGCGAUAACCCGUGGCACAAACCAAAGCAGUCAGACAGGAUGGAGAAGCAAGCGAAUCUGAAAGAAAAGUUUUCCAUCUUCGGUUCUCGGACAGCGGGCAGACCUAUCCGAUGUGUUUCUGGAGACGAUGGUGCCAGAUGUGGGCUCAGCAAAGCAGAGUUCAUGGAGAAAGUGCAGCAGAGCAACGAGGCGUGUCAGCGAGGUGACUUUCAGGCGGCCGUCCACUUGUACACCAACACCUUGGAGGCUGACCCACAGAACUGCAUCCUGUACAGUAACCGCUCAGCAGCCCGUCUCAAACUGGGACAGAACCAGGCGGCGCUGGAGGACGCUGAAAAAGCCUGCGAGCUCAAUCCCAAGUGGCCCAAGGGACUAUAGCUGCAGCACUAACCCCUCUCGCUGAUGCUGCCAUGAUGCAAGAAAAAUGUCAGAGUUGAUCAGAAAAUAAAGUUCUUUGUCUCGUAUCCUAAACAUGUCACUGUAUUGACCUUUAAAAUAC